AAAAAAACAAAAAAAGUGGCAGAUAUGAAGUCAUAAAUCGGAUCAACGGCUUAAAGAUGGUUAAGAAAGUUCUCACCUUCUGACGAUACGAUCGAUUUUAUCUUAACUUCCAGGUUUCACUAAAAAAAUAACACAGAAAUACUAAAUACACGGUAAGCAAAAAAGCAUGAGUGAACGAGAUAUUAACGAUACAAGUGAUAUGCGCUACAACGAUAACGCGUCGUUAUCGAAGUGAUACCAUUUAACGACAUAGUUCGCCGUAUGUGUGCGCAUAUAGGUAUAUGUGCAAAUUGCGCUCAAGACGUGUUGUGUACGGUUCUAGAAAAUGAAUGGAGGAAAGUUAUGCGACUCGAUCAUUGUGUAAAAAUAAACAAAUCGUCAUUCACAUCGCGUGAGGCGCGUAACAUCAUUAAGUGUUAUUGUCUAACAAUAAACGCAAUCGAUUUUGAUGCGAAUUCCGACCGAGAAAGAUGACGCUAAAGAAGGAAGCCAAGAGGUCCUCGAAAAAGAUGGGCAAGUCGAGCCACAAAGUGACGAAUUGCAGUGAUGAAAUCGCGAAUGUGACGCAGUCGAGGAAUAUCGUAAAGGAAUGCAAGCAAACGAAACUGGAAGCAGAGUCUCCUGGCGUCAAAAAAUCGUCGUUGAAGGAAAUCUCGGCGAAGGACACGGAUAAUUCGAAUGGAAAGAUCGAACGGCGUGCAUCGUUCCGUCGGAAAUUCGGCGCUCUGUUAAGAGGGAGCGCCGAAUUACCGGCGGCGAUAAACCGCAGCCUGCAGCCGAUCAAGCGUAGCCUGAGCUUUAGCAAGGACCUCCAUCGUAGUCAUGAGCUCUCAAGGCAGCCCUACAGGACCAGCAGCGUGCAGUGGUAUAACAGUCUCAGUUCACUGGCGGAGGAUGAGAUCGAUGCCGAUUACAAGAGGGCGGGCAUCUCUAAGGAGGAGGUCUUCAACGGCAGGAUGGCUCAAGUCACCAGAACGCACAGUUUGAUGGAGAAGUAUCCUGUGAAUCAUAGACGGAGAGUGAAUAUCUUGUCGCAUCCGUCAGUACCUCCUUAUGGACGCCAUAGCGAUUUCUAUCAAUCCAAUAUAGAUUUAAGCAGUCCGCCCUAUGAAGCAAGUAGUCUUCCGGCUUUGAGUCGCGCCGCCAUCGACGCAGAUGAUAAUGAAACGAAAUUACCAGUAAGAGAGCAACAAGUCAAGAACGAACGGGGAAAUUUCAGAUCCAGUGUCCAAAAGUUAUCUCCGCUGGGAAAUUUUAUCAAGCAACAUUUGGUGCGUUCGAGAUCGCUAACCCAGCUGGACUCCCUGAGUGGCAGCAUGCUGGACACAGGAGAGCAUCAUCUGGAGGACGAUCCCUCGCAACAGCAGUCCCAUCACUCGCAUCACCAUCAGCAGCCCCAUCAGCUACAACAUCACCCUCUCGGUAUCGAGUACAAUCGAAUUCGAUUUCUCGCACCGAACACGACACCCGCCGAGAUCGCCAAUUCCAAUCGCAGGCACAAAUUUUCGCGAUCUCAAGUAUCCAGUAACGAAUACUUCAGCGUAAGUUUCGAAGUGGGUGAUGACACCAUGACUUCUUUUGACCAGGAGGAGUUUUUACCGGCAACGCGAGGAACUUACCUGGUAGAUAUAUUAAGUCCAGCCUGCGAGCGUCGGGGCGUUGAUUUAUCGCGUGUCGAAGUCCUGGACAGUUCUUCGACGCCGUUAUCCUUAUUGACGACGGACGCCUCCACUCUCGGUGGAAAGCAUCUACGAGUAAUUGUUAAGGAUGAAAGAUUGAAUUCACGAACGCCGAGCCAAAGAGGAAAUCAAAACGUGCUGUUACGGAAAACCAGUGGGAAUUAUCGGAGUCGAAGCAGUCGAUUCUUUAGCGUUUCUGCUGAGGACACGAAUGUCGAUUCUGAGAUUGGUGUCUGUACAACGAUCUCUUCGGGUCGAAGUUCCGCUGGAGCUACAGGACUCAAAGCCAGUAAGCAACGUUGGAGCGGGUUUUUCACUAAUACUAAGGGUAUCAAGAUGGAUCUAUUAACCGCUCAAUUGGAUGAAUAUAACAAGCACGGAGUGCCGAAAUUAGCGAAUGUUCAUUUACAGUGUGACGUAACGAUCAAUGAAGAAGCGCUUUACAAUUUAGAAGGCGAUUGGCGAGACAUUGUCGAAAAUUCUCACAUGCUCUCAGAGAAACACACGCAGCAGCAAACCGCUCUCUGGGAGCUGGCUGAAACUGAAGUAGCCUAUAUUAAAACAUUAAAAGUUGUGACUGAUCUCUUCAUAGCAUGUCUCUGCAGCCUGCAGGCCUCGAAUAUCCUGGUCGAAAUCGACAGAUUGAAACUUUUCAGCAAUAUACCCGAUAUCUAUGCCGCCAAUCGCUACUUUUGGACUGAGUAUCUUCUCGUAAUGGUGAACGCGUCAAGAUCGAGCGGACAGCCGCUCGAUCCCGGUUAUCUUCUAGUGGGCUUCGAAACUUUCGAGCAGACGUUUGCUCCUUAUACGAGAUAUUGCGCCGAACAGAGCAAGUGUCAGCAAUAUUGCAAGGAUCGGCUGAAUGAUAAUCAGCUUUUCACCGCGUAUCUGGUGUGGUGCGAAACGCAAAAAGAUUGUAAUCGAUUGAAACUUAUGGAUAUACUAGUAAUGCCGAUGCAGAGGCUUACCAGAUACUCUCUUCUCCUCAAAGCCAUUUACAAGAAUACGGAAAACGAGGAUCAACGCGCGGAAUUAAUACUCAUGAUCAAGUCUGUGGACGGUUUUGUGGCGUCCGUGAACGCAGCAUUGAGAAGAAAUGAUGAGGCUGCUCAGCUGGAUCAUGCAGCCUCUCGUUUAGAGUGUUAUGACGUCAUAGAUACCAAAGGACUCGACGAGGAAGUGGAGAAACUGAUAAAGUUGUACAGCAAUCUCGAUAUUACAACGGCACCGAUGCCCGGAUGUCCGAAAGAUAGUUUAAGGACUCUUCUUCGGGAAGGGGACUUGAAGCUGAGAGACGCUGCUACUAGUAAGAUGGAAGUGCAUAUAUUACUGUUCACGGACAUGCUGUUGAUCUGCAAACCCUCGACAAAAAAAAAGUUGAAGAUCAUUAGACAGCCGUAUGUUGUCGAUCGCAUACGAAUACAUGAGGUCAAGGAGCCAUCCAGUCUGGCAUUGGUUUAUCUUAAUGAGUACGGAACAGCCUCGGCCACUUUAAUCCUCAGCGCUGGUGAUUCAAAAUUAGCUAAAUCGUGGAUAGAAUCCUUGAAACAGGCCCAGCAACAAUUCGCAUUGAUGAAAGUGCCAUCGCUCGGUGAGCCCGUGAUGAAUCUAGCGUCUGUCAGCAGGCAGCCGAGCACAUUAGGUGAUGGUGAUUUCGAAGUAGAAGAAUAUGACAGUACUUUCCCGAGAACUCCACGUGGAAGUAGCAGAGCCUCGCAUGUCAGUAGCCUCGCUCACAGUCAUAGUGGUAGUAUGGAGAUGGAGGGUGCGUCUCCGGGCAGCAGCAGCUUUCUACCGAGCUACAAUCCUAGCAGGAAUGUCAGCGUGGAGACAAACGAACAACCGCGAGCGUCGAGCUCAUUGUCGUCGGAGGAAGGCGGUGAAUCCAGUUCUGGACAUAAUCAUCGAUCUAUGCAUGUGAGACGCUCGUUAAUGAGUAAAUCGCCGACGCCGAACACGCUGAGUGUCCGAGUGCCAUACUCCAGUUUAGGUCAAUCGCUGCCUAAUCUGACACUUGCUACAUCGCCGCAAACCUCCACCGUAUCACCGACGCCGCCAAACUCGCUGUUAAUCGUGCCGCAAAUGACAAAGAGUAAAGACACUCUACUCUCACCAGGACACCGAGGUAGUAUAUCUUAUCCACCACCGUCGCCACCACGUGGUGCUCUCAGACGAGCUUUCGCGUUACCACAAUCUCGGAAUCCGCCGUUGAUGAAAACAAGACACGUGAACGCAUCCCUAACGCAACCGGCACAAGUGACCAUUCCGGGCAAUUCCGACACCGAAGUUAUUGAGGAGAGACGGAGAAGAUUAGAUCCUUCGCAAAGAGUACCAUCGACAAGCAGUAUUGUUGAAGAAAAGAAAUGACCUGUAUAAAUUGGUCUGAAAGAAGAACUUCUCGAACAUUUGAUAUGGACCACAUCGUCGACAUGGAUGUACAUGAUAUGUAAAGGCUCGACGUAAUAUGUAAUGCUCAACGAGAUGUAUCCUUCUCUCUAUGUGCGAAUGCAUAUAGAAAAUCCAAGAGUAUUGAUCUUCAAGGAUUGAUUGUCUUGCACUCUUUGGACUCCUGCAAAACGAAUCAAACAAUAUAUUACAAUCGAUUGGGGCCAUUCGAAACGUGUGAAGUUUGUAUCACGAUCAUAUCGCUACUUUUAAUUUACUCGUUAUUUCCUUGUAAUUUAUAGAUGUCUCUUUGUAAUGAUUAAACUAAGUCCGAGCUGUUUACAUUUAAUGUUGCAUUGCGAGGUUGGAUAGUCGCGUGCAAUAUUAAACGUAGACUUAAACUUAGACUUUUAAGCGACAAACAAAAAAGGCCUACUUAGAAUAAUUAUAUUAAGAUUACAUAGUAAGUGUAGAGCUUACUAAUGCAUAAGACGUUUUUGUAAAAGAGUUUAUUUAAACGUCUUACAAAAGAACAAAGACGUUUAAAGAAUAGAACAUUAAAGGAUAGAAGAAUUGAAAAUUGAUUUCGGAAAAUAGAAAUGUGUAAACAUAUA